AUCGAGCGCGUCAAGGGCGGCGAGCGGCAGGCCAGCGUGUGCCGCGACUUCGGCGUGCCGGGCGGCACGUUGCGCGGCUGGCUCAAGGACGAGCCCAAGCUGCGCUGGUUCCUGGAGCAGCUGGGCGGCGAGGUGGGCACGCAGCGCAAGAAGAUGCGUCUGGCCAACGAGGAGGAGAUCGACCGCGCCGUCUACUCGUGGUUCCUGGCGCUGCGCCAGCACGGCGUGCCGCUGUCGGGGCCGCUCAUCCAGGCACAGGCCGAGGCUUUCGCGCGCCAGAUCUACGGGCCCGAGUGCACCUUCAAGGCCAGCCAUGGCUGGUUCUGGCGCUGGCAGAAGCGCCACGGCAUCUCCAGCCAGCGCAUCUACGGCGAGGCUGAGCCGCCGCCCGCCGGCCCCUUGCCCGGCCCCCCGGUCAAGCAGGAGCCGGCACAGUCCCCCCGCGCCGGCCCCCUGCCCGACUGCGCCUCGAAUUCCCCGGCACCCGCCGAGGGCGGCUACGGCGACGAGCAGAUCUACAACGCCAACGUCACUGGCCUCUACUGGAAGCUGCUUCCGGAGCAAGCCGCGCCUCUGGGCGCGGGGGACCCCGGCGCGGGGGGCUGCGGCCGUCGCUCGGGGGACCGGGUGACGGUGCUGCUGGCUGCUAACCUGACUGGCAGCCCAAGGCUGAAGCCGCUGGUCAUCGGGCAGCUGCCAGACCCACCCAGCCUGCGCCACCACAGCCAGGACAAAUUCCCUGCCUCCUACCGCUACAGCCCGGAUGCCUGGCUCAGCCGCCCCCUGCUGCGGGGCUGGUUCUUUGAGGAGUUCGUCCCGGGCGUCAGGCGAUACCUGCGCCGCAGCUGCCUGCAGCAGAAGGCCGUGCUGCUGGUUGCCCACCCACCCUGCCCCAGCCCGGCUGCCAAGAUGCCCACCCUGGAGGAGGGCGAGGAGACCCCCAGGAGGUGCCGGCCUGAGCCCCUCGGCUCCCCAGAAGAGCUGCAGACCCCUGACGGGGCUGUGCGGGUGCUGUUCCUGUCCAAGGGCAGCAGCCAGGCGCACAUCCCUGCCCCACUGGAGCAGGGUGUGGUGGCUGCCUUCAAACAGCUGUACAAGCGCGAGCUGCUCCGGCUGGCCGUGUCGUGCGCUGGGGGCUCCCCGCUGGAUUUCAUGCGCAGCUUCAUGCUCAAGGACAUGCUCUACCUGGCUGGCCUCUCCUGGGACCUGGUGCAGGCAGGCAGCAUCGAGCGCUGCUGGCUGCUGGGCUUGCGGGCCGCCUUUGAGCCCCGGCCUGCGGAGGAGUGUGCUGGGCAGCCAGCUGGCCAGGCCGAGGAGGCUGCAGAGCACAGCAGGGUGCUCAGCGACCUCACGCACCUGGCAGCCCUGGCCUACAAGCGCCUGGCCCCUGAGGAAGUGGCCAAGUGGCUGCACCUGGAUGAUGAUGGUGGGCUGCCCGACAGCUGCAGGGAGGACGCGGGCCCCAGCCGGCCUCCUGUACUGGUCCCUGGGGCCCCUCCACCCCCAGCCAGCCUACUGUCUGUCAUGGCGGGCAGAGAGGAGGAGGAGGAUGCCGCUGUGCCCACUGCAGGGGAGGCCGUUCGGGGUCUGGAGACGGCUCUGCGAUGGCUGGAGAGCCAGGACCCCCGGGAGGUGGGGCCACUGAAGCUGGUGCAGCUUCGCUCACUGAUCAGCAUGGCCCGGAGGCUGGGGGGCAUCGGGCCCUCUCCCACAGUUCCUGAUGAUGGGUUGUGACCCAGCCAGCCUGAGCAGCCCCCCAGUGGCCUUUCUCCUGCUGCAUUUGGAGGAAGGGGACACAUCGUCUCCCCUUUCCACCUCCUCCCUCCCUUGGGGUGGCCCAGCCCAUGGCUCAGGAGUUGCAGGAUCCCAGCCCAGCCUGGCUCCGAGGAGCUCUGUAGGUGAAGGGUCAUCCCCUCCACUGGUCCCCCUGACUCUUGUAGGGGUAGCUAGAAGAGGCCCCGGGCUCCUGCCCCCUCCUUCCUGGGCAAGCACACAUGUUGGGUCUGUGCUCUUAGCCAGCCCCCCCCCCACGCAGGCCUAGCAGACACACACACAUCACAGCACUUUACAGAGCAGUUUGCUGUGUUCCCACCCUGGCCCCUGUGGGGCUGAGGCCUCCAGCCCCACUCCUGCCCACACCUCCUACUCCCUGACCCCCGCCUCCAGGGCCCAGCACUUACACUGGACAGGGGCCGGCACACCCCUCUGACUGGGCCCUGAUGCUGUGUGAUUCCCACACCAUAGCCGCUGGUUGUCUCAACGGGAAGCACAGCAGUCGUUUCUGGUUUUAGUGCAUUAAGUCCAUUUUUACGGAUACUCUCCAGGAACCCAGAGGGGUGUCACUCCCCAACCCGGGCCAUCUUGGAGGGCGGGCAGCUGCGUGGGCUGGAAGGGAGAGCGGGGCCUCCUGAGGCUCCGGACGCAGCAAGGGGUGCAGGUUUGUGGUCCACUCGGAUUUUCAAUUUUCCUUAAGAAAAUUCCAUCCUGAGCAGCUCUCAUUCUGUGGGGCUGACGAGCACUAGACCUGAGCCCUGGUGACCAGACCAGUGAGUGGACCAGCCACGGUCCACUUCGUCUGGCUCCAGGGAGCUGCCCUGUGGCACUGACAGCCACAGACAGGACAAUCCUUGUGCCUUUGCUCCCUCCAGGGCUCCUCCUGCCCAGCCCACCCCCCCGAGGCUUCCUCCUCCCCUGUCUUGGCACUGCUGAGGGUGUGGCCCACAGCCCGGGGAUUUGGCGUCUGGGUUGCACAUUUUGAAAGGAGAAGGGAAGGGCUCCUGUGUUCCUGUCCAGCUCUCAUUCUGCUCCAUCAGCUCUACAUUCAGGAUUCCUGCUGGUGAUCUGAGGCCGAGAUACCCAGAUCUCCCAGAGGCUGCUCUGCAGAGAUGUCCAGAGCCCUUGUGAGGGGCAGGGGGCCUGGAUUUGAGGGGCUGCGUGCAUAUUGGCACUCUCCCCUCAUCAACUGCCUCAUCUUUCCGGGGGUCCAAGACUGCAGAGGCUGCAGAGGUGAUGUUCGUGGUAGGGAAUGGCUGCGCUGUGGGGAGGCAGCUGGGGUGCCCUUGGAGCAAGCAGGUAAACUGUUCCUUGGAACCAUCCCUGGCCAAAAAAGUGUACUUGAGGAUGUGUAUAUGUCAAAUCCGAAAGCUAGGGAAAGGUGUGGAGGAUUUGGGAACAAGAGAAGGGAGGCUUGGCUGGCCAGGCCAGGCCAGCAGCCUCCUGCCACACCUGCUGGGGCCCAGCUGGCACAUCCGCUGCCAGCUGUCUCAGGCCCACACACCUGCAGGAGGCAGACUGCAGCUGGACCUGGAUCUAGCCAAGCAGCUGGCAACAGGCUUCAGGACAGCUUGCAUUUUACUCCAUCUGCCUUUUUGGCUGGUAGGGACCCAGCCUGGGGCUCCUGGUCACAAUAGCUGGUCUGCUGGGCCUCUGCUCUGCUGGGCCUGUCUGCAGGAGUGUGUGGAGACAGAGAC